AUGAUGCCUUAUGCAGUGAUGCAUAUGAAUGAAAUAUCCUGUACAUCAGAAAAAGAAAACAUAAAUAACUCUGUCAGCAAGCAAAAUGUAAUAUGGAAUAAACAAUCAACGCUAGCUCUCUUAAGUUCAUAUAAAAUGAACUUGAAUAAGACUGAUAAUGCAAAAAAAAAGACAAAGAUAUGGACUGCGAUAACCGAAGGCUUGCAAGAAUUGAGUAUAAAGGUAACUAAUGAUCAAGUAAGGUGGAAAAUUAACUUGCUCAUAAAAAAAUAUAAGGAAUGCGUGGACAAUAAUGCAAAAUCCGGACGGGCACACAUGUCGUUUGAAUUUUACGACCAGUUGGAGGAAAUAUUAGGUCAAGAGAAAGAAGCCAGAGCUCUUCAUACAGUCUCAUCAAAGAUAUUAUUAGACAGUAAUUCUAACGAUAAAAGAGAGAAUGUUGAUGAAAGUCUGUCAAAUCACCAGAAGCGGCAGAAAAAGAAUGAUGAAAAUAAUCGACCAAAUACUUCAACUAUUGAACAUAAAUCUCGACCAGUCGUCAAAAGGCUUUGA